CUGUUCAGACAUUUGUGAUCAUCUGAAGGCUUUUCUUUAUUUCACACAACUCGAUUUUCAGGAACUUCCGCCGGACCGUGAACGCAGCGCCACAGACGGUCUGCGCAUGUGCAGUUCUCAGACCCCGAAUUCUGCGCGGAGGGGACUUCUGUGGUUCUGUUCGUGCCCGACCGGUUCUGGUCCCCGUCAUGCGUUAGUGAGCGCGCGCUGGAGGGGGGAGCCGUCGUCCGUCCGCGUGAGGCGGCCUCAGACCGCGCGAACAUCCGCCGGAAAGUCGCCAUGUCGACAAACAAAACAAAGAAGGUCAAAAUGGCUACGAAGUCCUGUCCAGAGUGCGACCAACAGAUCCCGGUGGCCUGUAAGUCCUGCCCAUGCGGUUAUGUCUUCAUCAGCAGGAAGCUCCUCAACGCCAGGCUGAGCGACUGCUCCUCUCCGCCCAUCGCAGGCAUGUUGGACUUCAAACGCAGAAGGACGGAGAGAAUUCGCAAAGAGAGGAUUGACUCGACCUUAACUAAUGACGCAGAAAACCCCAGACGACCCCGAGCAAACAGCCAGUCAGAUCCCACCAGAAGGGGACGUGGCAGACCGAAAACAGUCGGGCAGAAGAAACAGGAAGACGAGAAAGAGAAGCAGGAGAAGGAGGUGGACGUGUACGCCGCUCUGUCUGACGAGAAGGCCUUCGUGUUCUCCGUGGCUCUGGCCGAGAUCAACCGGAAGAUUCUGGCUCAGAGACUCAUCCUGUAGAUUCCAGCCUUUCUGACUGAUGGGGGCGGGGCUAAGGCAGACAGAAACUUUGUCUUUAUUUUUUGUAUUCUGAGGAUUUUUAUUGGUGUGAUGAUCAAAGUGUUGAUGAGGAAAAUAAAGAGCUGAUUUCUAACUGCA